AUGUCUGCAUCCGAAGCGGAGAAGAAGGUCGAGGAGGAAGAGGUCAAAGGGGGAGAACUCUUGUUCUGCGGUGCCACGUGUUGGGAUAUCAUUGGUCGUCGCAAGGGCGUCGUCGACGGUAACCUCGUCUCUCCCACGCGCCUCCGUCCUUUCCUCGGCGUUGACAUUCGCUACGUUGCCGCCGGCUGCGUGUCUUGUCAUUGCGUGGCAUUGGACGUUGAAGGGCGUUGUUAUACAUGGGGACGUAAUGAGAAGGGGCAACUGGGUCAUGGAGAUUCCAUUCAGCGUGAUAGACCAACUGUUGUGUCUGAACUUUCCAAAUACAAAGUUGUCAAAGCUGGAGCAGGGAGAAGCCAUACAGUCGUUGUUACCGAGGAUGGAAAUUCCCUAGCCUUUGGAUGGAACAAACAUGGACAACUAGGUUCGGGUUCUGUGAGAAAUGAAAUUGAGUCAUCUCCUGUUCGCUGUCUUGUCUCUGAAGUAAAACAUACUGCUUGUGGUGGUGACUUCACUGUGUGGUUAUCUUCAAUUGAAGGGGCUUCCAUACUGACUGCAGGGCUUCCGCAAUAUGGGCAGCUUGGACAUGGAACAGAUAACGAGUAUAAUUCCAAAGACAGCUCUGUGAGGUUGGUUUAUGAACCCCAGCCACGUCCUCGAGCAAUUGCUGCUCUUGCUGGGGAAACUAUUGUGAAAGUGGCAUGCGGAACAAAUCACACAGUGGCGGUGGAUAAGAAUGGCUUCGUCUACACGUGGGGUUUUGGUGGCUAUGGAAGGCUAGGACAUAGGGAGCAGAAGGAUGAGUGGGUCCCACGCCGUGUUGAUGUUUUUCAGAAUAGAAAUCUCUUGCCGCCUGAUGCAGUUAUUUCAGCUGGUUCUGUGAAUUCUUCUUGUACUGCAGGUGGAGGGCAGUUGUAUAUGUGGGGCAAAAUUAAGAACGCUGGUGAUGACUGGAUGUAUCCUAAGCCUCUUAUGGAUUUAAGUGGUUGGAAUUUAAGAUGCAUGGAUUCAGGCAAUAUGCACCAUUUUGUUGGGGCUGAUUCCUCUUGCAUAAGUUGGGGGCACGCUCAGAAUGGAGAGCUGGGAUAUGGACCUACUGGACAGAAGUCUUCAGCUGUACCCAAGAAGGUGGAAAUACUCGAGGGUAUGCAUGUAAUAAGUGUUGCGUGUGGCAUGGGUCAUUCGAUGGUUAUUGUUGAUAGAACAAAUGUUGCUGAUAGGCUUGACCAGCUUGAUGUAUAUGAUGGCAAAGCUGUUGAUGAAGGUAAUGAGGCCAUGAACACAACUCCAGUGCCUAAGCAAAAGGAAAAAGGAGCUGCGAAGAAGGGUGCAAAAGGAGCUGACAACUCAAAGAAGAGAAAAAAAUCAAAAGAUUCAUCUGAGUCAGAGGAGGAAGAGGAUGCUGAAGAAAGUGAUGAUAGUGAGGAUCAAAUUAAUGGCAAGGCUGAGGUGAAAAGGUCGCGUAGUUCUGGUAAAGGCCGAGGUAAGGCAUCCAAAAAGUCAGGUGCUAAGGAAACAAGCUCUGGCCGGGCACGGGGUGGUGCUGCAGCAAAUAAAAACAGUUCUAAACCCCCUCAGGUGAAAUCUGGCAAGAGAGGAAGACCCCGUAAGUCAUAACGUAGUUAAUUGUUGGAAAUUUUGCUCUCUAAAUACCUAAAGAAUUCUAGCAUUGGCCGGUGAUUAUACCUAAUGUUUUGGUGAUAUUAAAAUUUAAUCCCGCUAACUAUUUAAUGCAAAUUUUUGAGAAACAUUGAAUUUGCAGACUGAUUUGGAAUGCAGAGGCAAGAAUUGCCCGUUUGUUAUAAUUUUUUUGUAAGGGGAUGUUUAUUGCUUUUGUUUCCAUAUACCUUUUUAUGUGUCCCUUCUAUCUUCUA